GGGGCGGGAGGGGUAGGGGCGCUGCCGGCAGCGCUGAGGGCCAGCGGGUCCGCUCGGGCCCGGGGCGGGGGCCCCCAUGGAGGCGGCACGGAGCUGUAACGGGUACCCCCGGCAGGAGCGGCCGCCGCCUCCCUCCGCCUCCCAGCCGGCGGGCGCUGAGAAGCCCCGCGUCCCUCCCGGCGGCGGGGCGGGGGGGGAUGGUUGGCGGGACGAGCGUCCCCGCAGCGAGGAGGACAACGAGCUGAGCUUGCCCAACCUGGCGGCAGCCUACACCAGCAUCCUGCGGUCGCUGGGCGAGGACCCCGAGCGGCAGGGGCUGCUGAAGACGCCCUGGAGGGCGGCCAUGGCCAUGCAGUUCUUCACCAAGGGCUACCAGGAGACCAUCUCGGAUGUUCUGAAUGACGCCAUCUUUGACGAAGAUCACGAUGAGAUGGUAAUUGUGAAGGACAUAGACAUGUUCUCAUUGUGUGAGCAUCACCUCGUUCCAUUUGUUGGAAAGGUACAUAUUGGUUACCUUCCUAACAAACAAGUUCUUGGCCUCAGCAAGCUUGCUAGGAUCGUGGAAAUAUACAGUAGAAGAUUACAAGUCCAGGAGCGCCUGACCAAGCAAAUUGCAAUUGCCAUCACAGAAGCCUUGCAGCCUGCUGGAGUUGGAGUGGUGGUUGAAGCCACGCAUAUGUGCAUGGUAAUGCGUGGGGUACAGAAAAUAACCAGUAAAACAGUAACCAGCACAAUGUUGGGGGUAUUCCGGGAAGAUCCAAAGACCCGUGAAGAAUUCUUGACACUCAUCAGGAGCUGAAACUCUUUUACUCUCUAAAUGCACCUGAGAGGUUGUUCUGUCCAGUGUCAAUGUCUGUCCUUCCUUGUUCCUGCAUCUCACUUUGAAACUAAAUCGUUGUGAAUUGUUGUCACAGUCUUUGUGCAGUAAAAGACUUUUGAUGGCAAAUGCAAAAUGUAGCCAUGAGGUUGGCUCCUUCUGGAUUUCCAAUGAUGCUGAUGUCACAGAAAAUUACAAGCUGUGAAUUGGGGGUUAGGAAUGGUUUUUGCCCCACCUACGCUGCAGGAUACGCUGCUGUUAGGAGAAAAAUGGAGCUCGGGAGUGAAACAGAUAUUGAUGAAAUGGUGAUGUUUGUUAGAAUAAAUAAGGAGCAGCAGAGGGAGGAGCUGAAAGGCUCUGGAUCCUGGUAGGACCACUUCUGCUGCAGGCACUGUGCCUCUGCUGAAAUGGAUGGCCCUGAAUUCUCUCUGACUGUAUUUUAUUACCAGUUCUGCAGUGACUUCAGUAUCUGGAUAUGUAUGUUAUACCUCUUUGAGAUGUUACCGCUGGUGGUGUUUUAUAUUCUUGCCAACUCUGUUUUUUGUGUGUGUUCUUUUCUUUGAGAAAUUGAAAACACAUUUUUCUUAGCCUCUUAACAUGCCAGGAAACCAACUUCUAAAUCACUCGGGGCACAGUCUUAACACAAUGUAAAGGGUUUUGUGCACCUUUUUGCUCUGUGCCUCAAUGUUUGACCACUUCAGCUUUCUUACUAUCUUAAAGCAAAAUUUAACACGAUGAGGUGGGAGGAAGAAAACCCCAGAGUCUUUCUGCAACGUGCUAAGAUAUCCAAAGAGGUUUUUAAUGAUAUUUAUAUCUUGAGCUUUCCUUCUUGGAAUUUUUGUGGGUUAGAAUGAGAAGGCUAAGUCUGGUCUGGUAAUCUGAAAAUGAAGAGUUCUCUUCAGAUAUUUCAAUACUUGCAUCUCUCAAAUGUUGGACCAAAGGUGAGCACUGAAAUCCUGAGCACAGCACAUUGUACCUCUCCUGCCUGAGGGCAGGUCAUUUCAGGACAAAGAAACCUGAAGUGACAACUUAUUUCAUCAGAGCAAUUGAAAAAAGCCAAUUUCUAGGGCCAUCAAAAUGAAUUAAACCACUUUUUUUUUUCUGUGCAUGUGGCAACCUCUGCAUGUGGCAGUAUUGGUACACAAAGUUUUUUCAGUCAGCUGGACUUGGCUGAACUUCUUUGUUAGGAUUCCAGUGGGUGUUUUGUAACUCUUAAUUGGGAAAACAUGAGGCACAAAUGAAAACCACCCUUCUCAAAAUAAGCACGGGAGGCAAAACUUGGAGCAAUAAAAUGCCAGCCAGGGUGUCAGAUGGUUGCCACUGCAGGUUGCCAUGGUUGUAUCUGCUUUUCCCAAUAUGAAUCCAAGAUGUUCUGUACAGUAACCUCAAAGGCAGCUCCUGAUCUGGCAAGGUCCAGCUUACCAACUUUCUGGGCUCUUGCUUCAACCAGUGUUGGAAAUGAAAUGAAAAUCAUGUCUGGACAAAUUUCCAUUGGGUCUAAAGAACUUUCAAGAGCAGCAACCUCGUGUGUUCAAUUACACUAAUCUACCUUGAUGACCUUCACAGCAUUAUUGGAAAAAUCCUUUCUAAUAUCCUCUGUCCUGGAUUCUGUAGAGUUAGGUGCUAUCAAAGUGUUUGUCUGCUAGUGUAAAUGAGCUGUGUGUGUUGCACAUUUAUAAAAUACACUAACUCUAUGGCAUUUGUUGUUCUUAAAUGAUUAAGAGCAGGUAUUGCCACUCUUGAGGUCUGUGUAUGUUUCAGAUACCCAGCUGAAAAGCCUUAAAUCUUUCUUGCCUGAAGUUCAGAGUAAAACUCUUUCUCUUUCUAGCUCAACAACUGGAAGGAGAAUCUGAGGACCAAAGGAGCACACACUAGUCCAUCUCUUUCUCUUUGCUUGCUUCAGUUUGGAAAUUAAGUCUCUGCAGAACACUGUCUUGUUCCUGAAAUAAUGAAAAGUUGCAUUUUAACCACUUAUCUCUAUUCUGGAUAAAGUUCAUGUUGCACCAUGGCUGUUUCAUUUUGAUGUGACCUGUAGUCCUUAAAACAUGUCUCUCUCUCCUCGUGGCCUUGGAUUUUGUUCACAUUUUUGUUGUAAGACCUGGUGUGUUUUUUGGACCAUUGGUAUUGUUCAAAUACACAAGCUUUAACUACACCCAGUGCCUAUAGGGGUGUAGAAUGCACAGCCUGUUGUACCAUGUGUAAGUCCAUUGUCUCUAAAGCAUUAAAGCACAGUGUUAUCCUUUGGA